CAAUGGAAUUUCUAAAGCAUGAAAUAGGCGAAUUCACCCCAGAUGCAAAAACUGAAUCAAGUAUUCGACGUUCAGCAGAACUUUAUAUAACUACAAAUCCUGUAUUCAAAGCAGAGCGUGAGGAUAUCACACGACAACGACUAGUGUUUGCCGCAAUUGUAGGUGAUCACUACGAUGUCCUUUUCAAUGGAACGAGUAAUGAACGUGGUCCUUUGUGGGAGGAGAUUCGCUUAUUUAUGAUUGAGAAUGGGGCAGCAACAUUAGUUGAUAAAGACUGGAAAUAUACGGGCAGUUGUUAUUGGCAGAAUAUUCGAAAGGAGUCAAUUCGACGCAUGGCAAAAAUGAAAAUAGGUACGGUAAAACAGGCAAGACCUGGACAACUUGAAUUGGAUCGCCUUGUCAGCACUAUUAUCGAAAAACGUGGGCCAGGCUCGAAACAGUUAUAAAUCACUACG